CUGUUGCGAUCGGUGUCGGAAUACCAUAUAUCGGUCGGGCUAUUGCUUGCUUCUUCGGCACUCUUCUACGUCGGGUACCGCUAGCGGAGCUCUUUGACGUGCCCCGCCACGCGCCUUGACAAAUCCAAUGUCAGUCACGCCUCUACGAGAGCUCUGUUUCCCCACCAUUCCAGCAACGCAGGCUGCCCCAGUGUGUACUACAUAGCUCGACUUCCCGCCUUUCCCAUCUCCCACCUGACGACGAGGGUUGUGCCUGAACUACCUCCGCAUCGCAGCCAGAGUGCUUCAUAGACGCCAUGUCGAAAACAAUAACAAUCUCCUCGAGGGAGCAGUUCAGCGAGCUGCUCAAGAGCUCCAGCAUCGUGGUUGCCGACUUCUAUGCCGACUGGUGCGGGCCUUGCAAGCAGAUCGCGCCGUUUUUCGAACAGCUCUCCCGGCAGCUCUCGCAGCCCGGCGUCGCCACCUUUGUCAAGAUCAACACCGAGACCGAGGCCGGCAAGCAGGUCGGCGCCGAGUACGCCGUCACCUCGCUCCCGACAUUUAUCCUCUUCCGCCACGGCAGCGUCGUCGAGCAGGUCCGUGGCAGUGACCCGCGGAGGUUGCAGGCCGUCGUCGAGCAGCUUGCCAGUGAUAUUGAGAAGGCUGGCCAGUCCGGCGGCGGUGGUGGUAGCAGCAGCGCGAGUGGCAGCGGUAGCGGCGGUUUGGCGUGGCGAGGCGCCGACCUGCCGCGGGGCUACACGGACUUGUCGGACGUGAUCAACAUCCCUGGGCUCGACUGGUCAAACGUGGACGAGUCGGUGUUCAGCAAGCGCACGUUGUACAGCAGGGAGAAGCCCUCGGCUCUGAACAAGAGCGGUGGUGCUAGUGAUAGCAAGGACUGGAUCGAGAGCGAUACGGACGAGCAGGUCAUGCUCUAUGUGCCCUUCAACGCUACUGUCAAGCUGCACACUCUACAGAUCACCUCGCUACCACCCACCGAGGAUGAGGACGAGGACGAGGAUGAGCUGCCCAUGCGGCCCAAGACGAUCAAGAUCUUUACGAAUCGCCCGCAUAUUCUAGACUUUUCCGAGGCCGAGGACACGCAGGCCACGCAGGAGAUUGAGCUUGGCGAGGACGACUGGAACAAGGACGGCACGGCCAACAUUGGCCUGCGUUUCGUGCGGUUCCAGAAUGUGACCAGUGUCGUCAUCUUUGUCGUCGACGGCGAUGGUGACAGCGAAAAAGUCCGGCUCGACCGCAUCAGGCUCAUUGGCGAGACGGGCGAAAAGCGCGAGAUGGGCAAGCUCGAGAAGAUUGGCGACGAGCCUGGCGAGUAGACUAUCGUCUGUGGAAGCUGGGACCCAGUUCAAGCGUCGUGGCUGAGAGAUGUUGUGUCGGUUCCGCCAUGUGGACUCGGGUUGGUCUGGGUGAAGUAACGUUUGCAUUUAGAGGCAUGCGGCGCAGCAUGAUUGCGCAAUGUUUUAGACAAUCCUCCUAUGACAAAAAGGAUAUAGACGGCGCCAAAUGCAUAGCAAGUAUCAGCACUCCAACGCAAGUUUAU